CGACCCAUGUAUUUAGAGAUUCGCUUCGAAGCCACUUACGACUGUCUUAUAGAAUACACUAACUACAUCUCAUCCGAGUUAUUUGGGCUCUUUGGAUUCUUUGGGGCAUCGUCACCGGUGACAUCAUGGCCAGGGUUGCCUCUCACCGCCCGGCAGCUCAUUCUGGCCAUCGCAUCAUCCCAGCCUCGUCUUUAUUUCGCUGCUUGUCAUUUCCCUCUCCUCGCUUUCCUCCCCUCUUCUCUUACUCCCCUCUUUCUGAUCCCUCCGACCCUGUCCAUCACACCACCAAUUUCCAUCUCUCCAAACAAUCCCACCCACCACCAAAGCAAUGGCUCCCCGCAAGAAAGAAGUCCUCUCCGCGGUAACAGCAGCCGACGACGAUACCGCCGAGAAGACGACGCGCCAACUGCGUCACAAGACGCGCCUGGACCGCAUCCACCCCGCCGUGCGCUUCAUCCUCGCCGUGCUCGGUAGCUUGACAUUGAGCUCGACGCUCUUCUCUCUAACGACGGGGAUCACCCUCGGCGAACUAGGCCGCGUCAGUAAACACCUCGAGACAUGGUGGGAAGUAGGAGGUCUGAUGGCCUGGAAGGCCGUCGAGGUUGGACUUGCCUGGAUCAUGGGCUUUGACGGUCGCGAUGUUCUCUCCUUCACCUACCUCACCCAUCUCCCCACCUUCAGCCUCCUCUCGACCUUCUACAGCCUGCGCCCAACCACAAUCCUAACCAGCUACUUCAUCACUCUCCUCUCCACCACCCUCCCCUUCGUCCUCCUUCGCAACCUCACUCCCCUCCACUCUUUCUCGGAUUCCACGCGCAUCCCUAACCGCUCCAUCCUCAACGACCGCCCGACGACCAUCUACACCACCAUCGCCGCGGCCGCCAUCUUCACCGUCACCCUCUCCCUCAGCUACGCCACGCCCUGGCUCCCCACCACCCUCGUCACCCACUUCCAAGACAUCCCGGACGUCACCGCCAUCCACGCCGGUCCCGCCGCUCUCCCGGGUCUAUUCCUCUCCCUCCUCCCCGCUGGCUUGGCGGCGCGCGAUUUCCUCUUCGCCAGCUCGACCGGUGCAUCCUCCAGGAACUCCAAGAAGAACAGCAACAACAAGAACAAGGAGGGGACAUCCAGCCCCGAAGGCGAGUACCUAGCCUACACCGUCUACCGCAAGACAUGGGGCACCCUGUCCCGCAAGACGCAAGUGCUGGUGUCCCGCACCGUUCUGCUGGCGAGCAUGUUGUUCGCGAACACAGUCGUGCAGGCCGCAGGGACAGUGAACCAGGUGGACGCCGAAGGCGCAAUGGUCUGGGGUGCCGUGUGGGCCAUCGCGGCGGUUAUUACAGGCGCGAUGUUUGGAUGGAUUGAGGCCGUGGAUGGAGUAUAGGUCCAUCAGCUUCAUUCAUCAUCAGGUUGAGAGAAAAAAAUUAGUUCCUUUCAUCCGAUUUAUGAUGAUGUCACUUGGUGUUAUUUUCUUUCUUCCUGUUGGACUCUUUAUUUUCCCCUUCUUUCCGCCCAUUUCUCUCUGUUCAAUGAGAUGAGAUGCCGUAUCUCCGUGACACAGAAGCAAAAGCAACAUUCUC